UGAAAAUUUCCAUUUCAAUUCCAUUCUAUUCCACAGGCUUCUGCCAUUUUGACGUUUGACGUUUUUGCAAACGACAUUUUUCUUUCUUUCAUCGUAAAACACUCGAACCGAAUUGAUCGGUUUAGAAAAGUUACAACAUGGUAAACGGACGAAUCCCAUCCGUCUUCUCGAAGACCUAUGUGACCCCACGUCGCCCAUAUGAAAAGGCACGUUUGGAUCAGGAAUUGAAAAUCAUUGGCGAAUAUGGUCUCCGUAACAAGCGUGAGGUCUGGAGAGUCAAAUAUGCUCUAGCUAAAAUCCGUAAGGCUGCUCGUGAGCUCCUUACUUUGGAAGAGAAGGAUGAAAAGAGAUUGUUCCAAGGUAACGCUCUUUUGCGUCGUUUGGUGCGUAUUGGUGUCUUGGAUGAGUCACGCAUGAAGCUCGAUUACGUGUUGGGUUUGAAAAUCGAAGAUUUCUUGGAACGUCGUCUCCAGACUCAAGUCUUCAAAUUGGGAUUAGCCAAGUCCAUCCAUCACGCUCGUGUCUUGAUCCGUCAAAGACAUAUCCGUGUCCGCAAACAAGUCGUCAACAUCCCAUCAUUUGUUGUUCGUUUGGACUCACAAAAACACAUUGACUUCUCAUUGAAAUCGCCCUUCGGUGGUGGCCGUCCAGGUCGCGUGAAGAGGAAGAACAUGAAGAAGAACCAAGGAGGUGCCGCACCAGCUGAAGAAGAAGAAGAUUAAGCUAUUCGCUGCACGGGAAGAUAGGUGAUUCCUAUCGGGUCUUUGAUAAUAAAUAAAAGUUUUAUAGAAAUAUAAA